AUGUCCUGCUACAACACCUGCCUGCCCUGCCAGCCCUGUGGCCCAACCCCGCUGGCCAACAGCUGCAAUGAGCCCUGUGUGCGGCAGUGCCAGGACUCCAGGGUCGUCAUCCAGCCCUCCCCCGUGGUGGUGACCCUGCCCGGACCCAUCCUCAGCUCCUUCCCACAGAACCCCGCUGUGGGCAAUCCCCCCUCUGCUGCCGUUGGCAGCAUCCUGAGCUCCGAGGGAGUGCCCAUCAACUCUGGGGGCUUUGGCCUCUCUGGCAUUGGUGGUCGCUACUGCGGCAGGAGGUGCUUCCCCUGCUAA